UGCUUUUCAUCUCCAGCACAGCCACGCUUCAUUCAGACGACACACAGACACCCUGCAGAGCCCAUGGGGAACCAGAAGAAGAUCUGGAUCUCUGCUCUGGUCCUGGUGGCUCUUUUACAGAAAGUCAGCGGACUAUCCGAUACCCAGGUCUGUAACCCAGGUGUAGUUGACACUAUACACAACUAUGGUGCAAAAACCAUAAAUGGGACCCAGUACAUCCCAUUCUCCCAUUAUGCUGGGAAGCAUGUCCUCAUUGUCAAUGUGGCAACCUACUGAGGACUCACCUUCCAGUAUGUAGAAUUGAAUGCACUACACGAGGAGUUCCGAGAUGUUGGAUUCACUAUCCUCGGGUUCCCUUGCAACCAAUUUGGGAAACAAGAGCCUGGAGACAAUAAUGAAAUUCUUCCUGCAUUAAAGUAUGUUCGUCCAGGCAAUGGAUUUGUUCCAAACUUCCCGUUAUUUGAGAAGGUGGAUGUGAAUGGAGACAAUGAACAGGCCCUUUUCACAUUUUUAAAGAAUGCUUGCCCUCCUGUGGGAGACAGUUUCGGAAACGCCAACAGAUUGUUUUGGGAACCUCUCAAGGUCAACGACAUAAAGUGGAACUUUGAGAAGUUUCUGGUGGGGCUAGACGGCAGACCUGUAAUGAGGUGGUUUCCCCGAGUGAACGUAUCUGAAGUUAGGGCAGACAUCUUGAAAUACUUCCGUCAGCUUGUACAGAAGGCUGAUUAACUUUGAAAGAGUGGAUUCAACUGUACAUUCACCUCUCUCUCUCCCUCUCUCUUUCCAGCAUAAACUGUGUUAAGCGAGAUAACAUGUGGCAGUUUAAAAAUGUAACCCUUUGUGAAUUGGAUUAUUGUUACAAGAAUUUGAACAGUGUAAAUUGGAAGUAAAAGGAUUCUCAGACCAGAAGCUGUCAUGGGAUCAGUUUGGAGACUGGCAUGUUGAUGACGGGAAGGCUUGAAAACAGACAAUCUGUGGUGCCUGACCUGAGGCCGAGGGCCAGCGGGCAGCUCUUUAGUGCAUUCAGGCUGCUCUGCUGUUCCUUUUCAAACAUGUCUCGUCUCCUAAACUAUCCUUUGAACUCGCUGCCGCCUCUGUGGCAUUGCUCCGCUUAUACUCCGUAAAUAAAGACUGUAAUGCAAGAAACAAAAUGUUUUCCUCUGGUUAAUGCACGUCAGGGAUAUGAGAAUUCAACUGGCUUGUAAACUUGUAGUUUAACUCUCACACAAUAACAUUUGGAGGUUUAGACAGUUGGAAUAUAUUUAUUAUACUAAUCAAUUACAAAAGUUUCACAUGAGAUCUGCUUUCACCCACUGGAGAAAAAAAAGUCAUUCCGAAGAGCACAAAACCGGCAACACCAGUAAAUUAUGGAAAUAAGCAAAUGAAGCACACAUCUCAGAGUGAAAUCUAGCUCAAAGACAUUUCAACUUGAAAACACUAAUCUUAACUCGAUCUGUUCAUUAAAUUCAACCACAUGUUAAUAAAAUAAA